AGGAACAGGCAAAGGAAAAGCGUCAGUAGUAACACUUUAACACUCAGUGGAAGUCCUCUGACCCGAUUAUAAGUAUCAAGUACCUAAUGUAUGCCUGUUACAGCAUAGUCUGAACUAAACUAAUUCAAAGUUGUCUAAUAACACAAGUGAGCCAGCUAAAGUUAGGUAAGGUCUACUGCCGAGGAGGAUGUGGUUUAUGCGCUAUUCAUUGCAACGAGCUAGUUAGCCGACUAGCUGGGAGAUAUAACUGCUGAUUUCGAGUUCAGCGAAUACAGUUUUGCCUCCGAAUCAACACGGAAUGUAGCGUGAAAGUUAGCUGACCAGAGGCAGACAGGAGUCCAGUGAGUUGGCCAGCAGGAGGUCAGCCAAGGUCGAGCCCCCACGCUGUCACCAUCACACCACCACCACAACCACCACCACCACCUCCACAAUCACACCACCACCACCACCACCACCAGCACCACCACUUCCACCAUCACAGCCUCAAUCGCACCACCUCCUCCACCACACCACCACCUCCUCCAUCACACCACCACCUCCUCCAUCAUGAGGAUGCACUGACCAGGGAGCUGACCAUCAUCACACCACCACCAUCACCACCAGUGCCUCCUCCACCACCAUCACCACCACCACCAUCAUGAAAUCUUGAAAUCUUUGAAAUGAGCGUGCACCACUGACCCUGCUGGCCAAGACAGGAGCUGAGUGAGUGGCCAAGGAAGGUUGAUCAACGUCAAGGUCAAGGUCAGGGUCAGGGUCAAGGUCGAAGCCACGCUGUCACCAUCGCAUCACCACCACCGGUGCUUUCACUUCCACCACCACCACUAGAGUUGGACAUACCGGGUUGAGAAAGUUAAUAACCCUGCCAUAUAUUUCCCUAAACCAAUUCAAUGAACAAGCAGGUCCCAAUUAACCUACCGCUUCAGUCACCCCUUCAGAUGAGCUAAUUUAUAAAUCACCUGUGUUAGCAGCACAUGCAGAAGGUAAUAUCUGUCAGGACUCAUACUUUCUCAAUCCAGUUUGUCCUCUUCUGAGUCCCACCACCACCACCACUACCACCACCACCACCACCACCACCACCACCGCCGCCAUCAUGAGGGUGCGGCUGUCCCGCAAGCUGACGCUGCUGGCCAAGACGGGCAUGGUGCUCUGGCUCAUCUGGCUCACCUACCUCCUCAUCUCCCGCACCGCCUCCUACACCUCCUCCGGCGAGGGAGGCGCGGCUGGGGAGGAAGGGGGAGGAGGAGGAGGAGGAGGAGGUGGAGGGCUGAAGGUGGAGGCCCGUGAGAGCCGGGAGCAGCUGGAGGCUCUGCAGCGGGCCGUGUACGUGAAGCCGGCGGCGGACGCCAACGCGCCGGGGGAGUGGGGCAAGGCCACGCGGCUCACGCUGACGGACGAGGAGAAGAAGCAGCAGGAGGAGAGCAUCGAGAGAUACGCCAUCAACAUCUUCGUCUCCGACCGCAUCUCGCUGCACCGACACAUACAGGACAACCGCAUGGCAGAGUGCCGGGUGAAGCAGUUUGACGUGCGUCGGCUGCCCACCACCUCUGUGAUCAUCGCCUUCUACAACGAGGCCUGGUCGACGCUGCUGCGCACCAUCCACAGCGUGCUGGAGAGCACGCCCGCCACCCUGCUGCGGGAGAUCAUCCUCAUCGACGACUACAGCGACCGCAGCUAUCUGAAGGGCCAGCUGGCAGACUACAUCAGCAAUCUGGAGCGCGUGCGUCUCAUCCGUACCAAUAAGCGCGAGGGGCUGGUGCGCGCCCGGCUCAUCGGCGCCACCUACGCCACGGGAGACGUACUGACCUUCCUGGACUGCCACUGCGAGUGUGUGCCCGGCUGGAUCGAACCCCUGCUGGAGAGGAUUGCCGAGAACGAGAGCACAAUCGUGUGUCCGGUGAUUGACACCAUCGACUGGAACACCUUCGAGUUCUACAUGCAGACGGACGAGCCAAUGAUCGGCGGCUUUGAUUGGCGGCUGACCUUCCAGUGGCAUGCCGUGCCCCUCUCCGAACGCCGGAGACGCAAGUCUCGCAUCGCCCCCAUCAGGUCUCCCACGAUGGCUGGAGGUCUGUUUGCGGUCAGCAAGGCCUACUUUGAUUACCUGGGCACCUACGACAUGGGCAUGGAGGUGUGGGGAGGGGAGAACCUUGAGCUGUCUUUCAGAGUGUGGCAGUGUGGCGGCUCCCUGGAGAUCCACCCCUGCUCCCACGUGGGCCACGUCUUCCCCAAGAAGGCGCCCUACGCCCGGCCCAACUUCCUGCAGAACACCGUGCGAGCCGCGGAGGUCUGGAUGGACUCCUACAAGCACCACUUCUACAAGCGCAACCCUCCUGCACGCAAGGAGUCUUACGGGGACAUUCAGGAGCGGGUUCUUCUGAGAGAGCGGCUGCAGUGCCAGAGCUUCGACUGGUACCUGAAGAACGUCUACCCCGAGCUCCACGUGCCCGAGGACAGAGAAGGCUGGCACGGAGCGGUGCGCAGUGAGGGGAUCCGCUCUGAGUGUCUGGACUACAACGCCCCAGAGCACAGCCCCACGGGGGCACACCUGGCCUUGUUUGGCUGCCACGGCCAAGGUGGCAAUCAGUACUUUGAGUACACGUCCAAGAAGGAGGUGCGCUUCAACUCGGUGACGGAGCUGUGUGCCGAGGUGCCCGUGGGCCAGAACUACAUCGGCAUGAGGCACUGCGCACACGACGCAGCCCCGGUACCCCCUAACGUCCUCUGGGAGUUCAGAGAGGACGGGAGCAUCUACCAUCCCCAUUCUGGCCUGUGCCUCACCACGUAUCGCAACGCCGAGGGCCGGCCGGACAUCCAGAUGAGGAAAUGCACGCCAGGAGAUAAGCACCAGCGAUGGAAGUUUGAAUAAGGGAACAAGGCAGUGUGUGCGUGCGUGUGUGCGCGCGUGUGUGUGUGUGUGUGUGUGUGUGUGUGUGUGUGUGUGUGUGUGUGUGUGUGUGUGUGUGUGUGUGUGUGUGUGUGUGUGUGUAUGUUUGUGCCACUGUGCCUGUAUGUGUGUGUACGCAUUCGCAGGCGUACCCAUACGCGUGCAUGUGUGUGUUUUUUUGGCACUUACGGUGCACGUAGAUGUGUGUCCAUGCAGUAGAUGUGUGCAUGAGUGUGUGUGUGCGUGCAUGCGUGCGUGCGUGGAUGCGUACAUGCAUGCCUGUGUGUGUGUAUAUGCGUGUGUAUGUGUGUGUGUGUGUGUGUGUCUGAUUGCGUG